UGGAAAGGUAAACACAUGACACAGCCUACUGGAUGCAAGUGUAAGUUAAGCAAUGGCAGAAUUUGCAACCGAGAGUUAUAUGGAAAGGUGUACGUUUUUAAUUCAAUGUUGCUGAUUUGCAGCCCUAUCAGUGAGAGCCGGAGAGUGCUGCAGGAGUCCUGCGAGUUUUUCCUGAAGCACAACAACAGAGUGCAGCACAAGAAGAAGCAGUACAAGCCCAGCUCCCACAAGCUGAAAGUCAUCUCCAAGUCCAUGGGCACCAGCACGGGGGCCAAGCCCAACCACGGGACCUCCACUGUCGCCCUCGCCAAUCACGACGCCCUGGCGCAGAGCACCCUCUCCGAGACCCCCGGCCGGGCUCAGGCGGUCACGAAGGCCGGGGGCCGGGAGCUGACCCCCAGGAGUGACUGGGUGGAGAGCCAGCAAGCAUCCAGCAGCGUCAGGGGCCCGACUCCUCUUCUGGUGCACACUGUGGCCGAAGAAACCCAGGAAAAAGACCGUGGCCGUUCAGGCACUUGA